AUGUCUAAGAAGGAACAAGUUGUCAACGAACUUCAUAAACCGGCACGUAAGAAUUUUAAAUGGAGAAGAGUAAUUAUAAAAGGUCUGGAUGAUUUAUGGCAAGCUGACUUAGUUGAAAUGGGUUCAUAUGUUAAAGAAAAUAAUGAAUACAAAUAUUUGCUUACGGUUAUCGAUUCAUUUUCUAAAUACGCUUGGGCUACACCAAUCAAAAAUAAAAGUAGUGAGGCAGUUUGUAAUGCUAUGAUUAAAAUUUUUCAACAUGGACGUAUACCAAAAAAUCUCCAAACAGAUGAUGGUAAGGAAAUUUUCAAUAAAAAAUUUCAUAGUUUAAUGGAAGAAUAUGGAAUAAACUAUUAUUCAACAUUUAGCACAAUAAAAGCAGCAAUUGUUGAGCGGUUUAAUCGAACUAUAAAGGAACAAAUGUGGAAACAAUUCAGUUUAAAUGGAUCAUAUAAAUGGAUAAAUCUUAUGUCACCAUUGAUUACCAACUACAAUCAAAAAACCCAUCAUACUAUAAAAAUGAAACCAUGUGAUGUUAAUGCUUCUAAUGAAAAUAUGUUACUCUCCACCAUCUACAAUAAUAUUAAAAUCACCGACCGCUGA